AUGGGCUGGUUUUGGGGGUUUUUCCUGCCAGCGCAGCGGCCCAGAGGGCCAGGGCCCCGCAGGCCUUGGGCAGCUUCAGUGGCCCUGGCGUGCCUCGUGGCAAGGUGUCUUUGGAGCAGUGCGGACACGACGGCUGCCGUAAAUGCGCUGCCAGCAUCUGACAAGCUCACCAGCAAUUCCACCGUAGCGCCCGAGCACAUUUGGCUGCUCCCUCUUGAGACGGAGCUCUGGGUGAAGCGCGUUCAGCGCCGUCGGCUGAUCAAGAUUUUGAAUCAGUUGACCGAGACUCGGAAGUACCUCCGCACGGCCAAGGAGCUGGAGCAGCAGGGCCCUGAUGGCUCCCACCUGGUGAACCAACCGGAGAUCCCCGAGAUGGUGCAGACGGCUCCACCCAAGGAGCUGCCGCAGCUCCUGGCAGUGGAGGACCGGAUCCGUCGCCUGCGUCAUCUCCGGCGAAUCGCCAUGGCACGCAGGGCUGCGCGGAUGAGCGCCCAGAAGCUGGAGCUGCUGCGAGCGCCGGUGAAGCAUGCGGCCCUGCGUUCUGCACAGUACGCUGCCACCGGCCUUUUGGCCCUGCGCUGCGCGGAUGAGGCAGGUCUUUGGCUUUGCUUUCGUCGUAAAUCGUUUCCGGGCCAGCUGGGCGUGUUCGUCUUCAGUGCUCAGAUCUUGAGGAUGCGUGAAAGUGCUUCGCCUCUGUUUACCUACCUCCAGCCCUUCUUCGACUACCAGAUGCAGGUCUGGGCGAUUCGAGGCCUGCAGCGCCACAUCUUCUCUUCGAAGGUGAAAGAUGCAGAGAGUAACAUGCGGACGCCAGAUGUGGCACUGGAGGAUGUCGCUGGCAUUGGAACGGCCAAGGCAGAAGCUUUGGAGAUCGUCGAGUGCCUCAUGGCGCCUGCGAGGUUUGCGAGCUUGGGCGCCAAGUGCCCGAAGGGCCUCCUUUUGACCGGCCCGCCCGGUUGCGGGAAGACGCUACUGGCAAAAGCCAUAGCUUCCACUGCGGCCGUGCCAUUUUUGUCACGCUCAGGCGCCGACUUCAACGGCCGCUUUGCAGGUACCGGGACGAACCUGGUGAAGGAGCUGUUUGCGAUGGCCCGCCGCAUGUCUCCUGCGGUGAUCCUCAUCGACGAGCUGGACUACAUUGGCCGCCGCCGGGGCGAGGAGCGAGGGGGAGGCCUGGAAACCGAUCGAUCAGCAGCUUUGACCCAGCUGCUUGCGGAGAUGGAUGGGUUUGCCUCGGCCGAGGGUGUCGUCGUCAUCGGGACGACGAACAGACCGGACAUUCUUGACAAGGCUCUGACCAGACCCGGAAGGUUCGACCGGAAGGUCACGGUGCCACUGCCCGACGUCAAGGGCCGCUUCCAGAUCCUGAGGAUGCACGCCAAGCGCCUGGUGCUGGAGAGACCGGGAUCCCAGCGACUCAGCCAGGAUUGGAUGGCCUGGGCCAAACGGACGACCGGCUUCUCGGGUGCCGACUUGGCGGGUCUGGUCAACGAGGCGGCCAUGGCCGCAGCUCGUGAAGGUGCAGCCGGCGUCGGGGAGAGGCACCUCCAGGUGGCCUACAGCAAGUUGCUCAUUGGCCUCCCUUCCGGGCGCCAUCAGUCUGCGGCAGAGAUGAACCUGACGGCCUUUCACGAGGCGGGUCAUGCCGUGGUGAAUGAGGUGAUGCGGGUCUCACUGGGAGAGCAAGGUGUCACUGGCUUCCGGACCGUGGCCCACGUGAGCAUCGUUCCCGCAGGGCAGACCGGCGGCGUGACGCAGUUCGCCGAUCCCGAAGAGACCAGCCGUCUUCCCCACUCCCGGCGGAUUCUCUUGGCUAUGCUGGCGGUCGACAUGGGUGGGCGCGCAGCGGAGGAGCUGGUGCUUGGCAAGGGCCAGGCGACGAUGGGUGCGGAAGCUGACAUCGACGAUGCCACUCGCUUGGCGACGGAGAUGGUGGCGUCCGGUGGACUUUCCAAGGCCGUGGGGCCGAGAUCACUUCGUUCAGGAACUCAGCCGUCCCAGGCUCUCCUGUCUGAAGUGGAUGCAGAGGUCAAGGAGCUCCUUGACAAGGCCUUGCUGCUCGCGGGUACAGCCAUUGCACGGAACCGCGAGCUUCAUGCGGCCAUCGCUGAGGUGCUGAUACAGCACGAGACGCUGGACGGUGAGGUGCCUCUACAGCAUCCCACUGCACCUUUCUCCUCUUUGGCUGAAUUCCAGCGAGUGGUGCGCGAGCACCCGCCCACACCGAUCAAGCUGUGA